GUGUGCGUGCGGCAGCCGCGGAGACGCCGCUUCAGUGUACUCGCUGUUCUCCCACCGGCGCCAGUGUGUUUCGCUCCGCGAGUUAUUUCCAACCUCGACUUCGCGCUUCCUCUCGUUUAACGCACGUCGUCGCGCCUCGCAGUCCUGUACCUUCGAGAUUCGAUCGCCUGUUGCGUGGAUAUAACCCGCACCAGAGAGAUUGUAUAGAAAAAGAGAGUUUGUCGGAGGAAAGCUACAUGUGUGCGGCAGCUGCAGGUGGUGCACGCCAUGCGGCGCCGCGCGCCAGCAGCUGGAGAACCGAGCCGAGGAAGUAGCAGCGGACAGUCUCCGCUUCGAGAAUCAUCGCCAGCGCAUCCGCAGGAUUGUUCUCUCCGUUCAAAGUGCGGAAUGAAUCAAGGCAUCAUGGCACAGAACGACAACUCGACAGCGCAGCGUCUUCGAUCGGCGUGAGAAGGAGGAGCUCUUCGUCCCGCAUAACUCCAACUCUCCACAUGAUCGUCGAGCAGUUCGGAUGCGCGAGGGCAGGCCAGAAGAUAGUUCAGCGCCGAUGAUCCGCGCAACGCCGAGUGGAGCGCCUAGUCUAAUGUAACUUCCGAUCAGCUUCCCGUAAACACACUCGACUCGGCAAAUACCAAAACUGGCGGAAUCCGCUUCGGCCUCAACGAGAGCAGUCUGGAGAAGCCUCGUCGAGAGGAGAACUAGUACAAACGCAGCGUUGGCCAGGCUCCGGCCGAGCCGAGACGACGUUUAUGAUGAGCAACAUUUCCAGUGGGCUGUUCGUCUUCGCCGACAAUGCCAGCCAGCAGAACAUCACGAUGCCGCUCGACUGCGACGCCAACAUGCCCAUCAUCUCGCUGCUCCACCAGAUCCUCUACUCGAUCAUCUGCAUCGUCGGGCUGCUCGGCAACACCCUCGUCAUCUACGUGGUGCUGCGCUUCUCCAAGAUGCAGACCGUCACCAACACGUACAUCGUGAACCUGGCCAUAGCCGACGAGUGCUUCCUCGUGGGUAUACCCUUCCUCGUGACGACCAUGAGCCUCGGCGUCUGGACCUUCGGUAAGUUCAUGUGCAAGGCCUACAUGACGUCGACGAGCAUCAACCAGUUCACCAGCAGCAUAUUCCUCUUCAUCAUGAGCGCCGAUCGCUACAUCGCCGUCUGCCACCCGAUAUCCUCGCCCAAGCUGCGCACCCCGUUCAUAUCCAAGAUGGUCUCGCUUACGGCCUGGGUGACCAGCGCCAUCUUCAUGAUACCGGUCUUCCUCUACGCCAAUACCAUGGAGACGAAGGACGGCCAGAUGAGCUGCAACAUCUACUGGCCCGACGACCACGGCGGCCAGACGACCUUCACCCUCUACAGCUUCGUCCUUGGCUUCGCAAUACCCCUCACCCUCAUCUUCAUCUUCUACUUCCUCGUGAUCAGGAAGCUGCAGACUGUCGGCCCGAAGAACAAGUCCAAGGAGAAGAAGCGCUCCCACCGCAAGGUGACGCGACUCGUCCUCACCGUCAUCACGGUCUACAUAAUCUGCUGGUUCCCCUACUGGCUCACGCAGAUGGCGCUGAUCUACACCGAGCCGAACCAGUGCCAGUCGCGCAUCACCAUCACGACCUUCCUGCUGGCGGGCUUCCUCAGCUACUCCAACAGCGCGAUGAACCCCAUCCUCUACGCCUUCCUCAGCGACAACUUCAAGAAGAGCUUCCUCAAGGCCUGCACCUGCGCCGCGGGCAAGGACGUCAACGCGACCCUGCACAUCGAGAACAGCGUCUUCCCCCGCAGGAACAAGGCCAACGCCGAGCGCAUCCAGUCGAACAAGAUGCUCACCUCGGGCAACUCGAAGAACGACGGGGAGGACGAGGAGAACGAGCGCGGACUGCUGAUCAGCAAGACCUCGACGACGACGGUCACGAUGACCUCGCGCUCCAACAUCACCGUCACCAGCGAGGUCAGAGAUCCGACGAGUCAGCAGCAGCGGGAGAAGGACGCGCUGAAGAACGGCACUCAGCUGACCCUCUUGACGCAGGUGUAAUGCGACACGAUGCAUGGUGUAAUGUACAAAUUUUACAAGAGUCUAUCGAUUUCGAAACGUAAGGGAACAAAAGUGCGGAACGACACGUUCAUCGUGUGGCGCUGAUCGCGAUGCGUAUGCGGACACCGAGAGGAUCCCUUACCAUGACGCUCAAUGGUGCUUUGAGAUAACGUCGGACGCUGCAACGAAGAAUCGUCGGAGUGCGAGGGAGUUCAAAGUUUCGCGAUAAAUAAGGAUACCUAGUUCUCGCACACACAGUAUAUAGGAGACGAAGGACGGACACGACUCGAAUUUUCGAGAACGAGCAGAGACUGAAAAUUGGAGCUUAAAUUCGAUCAUCCUCGUUUCCGCUCAUCUCCCUUCUCUUUCUCGCUCUCUCUCUCUCUCUCUCUCUCUCUCUCUCUCUCUCUCUCUCUCUCUCUCUCUCUCUCUCUCUCUAUCUCUCUCUCGCUCGAUCCUCACGACUAUAAGUUCCAGUCCCUUCGCCACAGUAUAUUGGCCUUGAUAGCCAGCCACCGCUUCUCUUCUCGGUUUUUCCCACUCAUUACGUAAUUAUGUCCGGUUGCGUUCCAUUAUUCGCCGACUCCGCGCCGCAUUGUUCGCGUGAAACGAGAGAUUAUCCGGGAAACGGUGGAAAAAAGAGAAAGAGAGACUACACGUGGAUGCGAGGAUGUUGUCAAUUGCUGGACGAGCGUAACGAGAGUGUUUGAUUAACGCAUAAGUAUUGUAAUUAGCCAAACUUAUAAGUAGUGACCGUCGAUGUGUUGAUUUCGCAUUAUUUAUAAUUACGUCAAUAAUGUUGAUCGUUAGCAGAUUUUUUCUCCGAUCGUAACGUGUGUGCGUAUACGUAUGUGUAUACAAGUCUUCGACAAUAGAGAACUUUGCUUUGUUACCGCUAUCUUUUCGCCCAUUGUUAUACGCCAACCGAUUGUACAGAUCACUCGUCGCAACUGGUUUGCCGCGGUGAGCCGCUACAGUCAUCGCUGCCGAAUUUGAGCUUAAAUAUAGAUACCCACACACGGACGUGCUAUUUCUGUGGAGAAAGAACUCGAAGCGAUCCCCGCAAACAAAUACCUCCCAUUAUUUCGCCCCAUUAUCAGUGAAUAAACAGCGAGAGGGAGAAAAGGAGAAAGAGAGAGUGAAUAAGAGGGGUCAAGAGACGGGGCCGACUAUAUAUACACACUCUCCCGAUAAUCGCGCUCGAGUUCUUCCUUAUCGAGUGAAAAAAAAGCUCGGCCUAAUGAGACCUUAAGUAUCGAGCGUUCAGCACAAACAAUCCACUUUGUCUCGCUACUGCGCGUAGCCAAGGGACGAUAAGGUUGUAUCUUCCACCCUCCUUCGUAUACGCGCACACGCGUAAGGCAGUGGGAAAAAACGAAGAAGAAGAAGACGCGAAUAAGGCGAGAAACAGUAAAAAAAUGAGGCGAAAUUCGUGCAGCGAAUAUCCAAGCGUAGACGUGAUCUUAGGUAAUGUAAUCUUCGCUGUGCGAGAGAGAGAGAGAGAGAGAGAGAGAGAGAGAGAGAGAGAGAGAGAGAGAGAGAGAGCGGGCGCAUGGAUGCGUGCACGUGAUGAAAAUUUAAUGCGGCCCGUAUGUGUGUGUAGAAGGCUUAGGUUAUCUCUCUGAUGUACACGUCGUAUAUGCCGCUGCUGCCGCCGUCGAAUCGCGACCGUAAUCAUUUUCUUCUGCGGCGCCGGUGGGCCGGUUAUUGGUGGGAUUUGCUUUAUGGCCAGGGAAUUGCGGGUUUUCCGUUUGCAGUUCAAAUAAAACGGAUCGUUGUACUUUCUUUCGCGAUGUGUGACUGUCGCGAGUUACUGACUGUCGAGGGAGUGAUAAACAGGAUGUUUUUUCUUUGUGACGAGCUUGCGUUAUUGAUUGCUUUGUCAAUAUAGUGAAAGAAACGUACCGAUUUAUUCGGAAAAGUAUGUAGGAGUAUAGUAUAAAUUAAUAAGAUCCGAAUUCCGAAAAAAUACGAUUUGUACGGUCGUCGAGUGUCCAGCUGGCUGAGGAUGUUUGGAAUCUGUAGAUUUCGAAAACUUAGAAUAGAUUACGUUUCGAAUACUCGGCCAAUUAGGAGCUUGACGGACGAAGGGCUCUACGAAUCGAAUUUUGCCAAAGAUUUGGAUCCUUUCGUAUAUCACCUUGUCUUCUGAAGCCAUGUCAACGUGAUCGAAGUUUGUUUAUUUCAAAGUCAAUGAUGUGAUGUAGUGGUCAUCAUGAAAAGCUUAUAAAAGGACAAGGGUCGAAUCUUCUGUCGCGUUUUGAUCGUUACGUAAGAGGAAAGUGAAAGUAAAUGUCCCUGUUGUUAACAUUCGUUUCUCAUAGAUUUUCUAUAAAAUUAAUCUUAACCUAGGACGCGUUAACAACGUGUACUCAUAUAUUGAAGAAAUAGUAAUAUAAAUGUAAAAUAAAAUUGUGUUGACUCUCAUGAUAGGGACAUUUAGUUUAAAACAUGUUACACACACAAACACAAAUGUUCGCGCGAUCGUACACGUCUCUAGUGAAAUAAUUAACGAAUAUCAAGUGGUAAGAUACUUCGUGUAAAAUAUUUUAUGUAUCAUAAAUCUAGCGAGUAAGUAUAAGACACACUUAUUUCGGUAUAAGUAUAAAGAAAAUGUAAAAUAUCGAUGGUAUAAUACUGUUUUGUCGCGGUUUGGUUCUGUACGACGAUUGCGACGCAUAUAAUUAAGAGAUGAAGAAGCAAACCCUCCCGAGAAAAUUACAAUUGUUGUACACCUUGCAAAGCUUAUCGAUGUGACUAAGAAAAAUCACUGUUAAACCUAAGAAAUCCCCCGCAGCAUAAGAAAGAACUAGAGAAGAACGAGGUGAAUUAUAUGAGAUUAAAGAUUUUUGUAUAUGAAAUGCGUUGAUUUCAAGUUAUCGUACUCAUUUGAUUAUACAAGUCAUGAAAUUUUUUAAAAUAAAAGUCAUUAUUUAUUACCAUUAUA